AUGGAAAUGAAUGUAGCUGAAUGUUCUACGCUCAAAUUCCAGAUGGAACUUUGCGCUGUUUGCUGCACGAAAUGUAUCUGUUUCAAGCGUCAUAAUUUAUUGUAUCGUGAACCAUUCACAUAUCGCAAAGGUGCUUGGCCUUGGUCAACCCUAGAAGCAUCAACAUCAAGCGAAAGUGGUGCUGAUUUUUCAGCAAUGAGUGCCGCAGGUUAUGAAUAUUAUCCUGAAAUUGAUAUCCCACGUGCGAAACUAAAAUCUGGAAAUGGUAUGAUGGAUGAUCAGCAGCAUCGAUCGUUAGCCGUAUCAAGACUUCAUGACUAUCUCGAUGAUGGUAUGCGUAUUCCACGUGUACAUCUCGAUCGUGAUAAUGAUGCAUUUGAUUCUACGUCACAGUCAUCAAGCGAAUAUACCAUACGUGAAGAAAUUAAACGACACGUGAUCACUGAUGUUACAAGAAAAGAAACCAAAAAAACAUUAACCACUGCUGAUAUUCACGGCACUACCGCGGAAUUUCACGUAUAUCCACCAAUUGAAGUUACAACUGAAUCACAUUCAUCAUGCCAGGUUGGAACACAUAAUUCUAGUUCAUUGCUGGAUAAAGAUGAACAAGAAAGAGGUGAAAGUAUAGCAGAAUUUAGCAUUGGUAAUGCACGACGUGAUUGGAAUACAACAACGAGUAGAAAUUGUGAAUUUAGUACGGAUCGUGAUUUGGAAUCAGUUAUUAGUGAUUCAAUAGCUGAAGAUGAAGUUUAUGAUAAGAAAACAUCAGUGAAACGAUCACAUAAUUUUGAACCAACUAUUGGAGGUGGUACUGAGCGCUAUCGGACCGAAAUUACUACAACGAAAUCAACAAAAGGAGUUUCAAAAUAUUAA